AUGCAUUUUAAAUCCAUUACACAAGUUCCUCCGGCUAAGGAGUUUUUAGAUAUUGUUUUAUCUAAAACCCAAAGAAAAACACCGACAGUUGUUCGUCCAGGAUUCAAAAUAUCUCGUAUUCGGAGCUUUUAUAUGAAAAAAGUUACAUUCACAAAAGACACAUUAACAGAAAAGCUUCAAGCUAUUAUUGAUGAAUUUCCCCGGUUGAAUGAUCUUCAUCCAUUUUAUAGUGAUUUGUUGAAUAUUUUGUAUGAUAAGGAUCAUUUUAAGAUUGCUUUAUCACAUAUUGCAACAGCAAAACAACUUAUUGAGACAGUAGCACGUGAUUAUAUUCGUCUACUUAAGUAUGGAGAUAGUUUAUAUCGUUGUAAACAAUUAAAAAGAGCUGCUCUUGGACGCAUGGCAACAAUUAUACGUCGCCAGAGUCAAGUUUUAACAUAUUUGGAACAAGUUCGCCAACAUCUUGCACGACUGCCUUCUAUUGAACCUAAUACUCGAACUUUGCUUAUUUGUGGUUUGCCAAAUGUUGGAAAAUCCUCUUUUAUGAACAAAAUAACGCGUGCGGAUGUUGAAGAAGCUCCAUAUCCUUUUACAACAAAAUCUCUUUUUGUUGGACAUAUGGACUAUAAGUAUUUAAGAUGGCAAGUUAUUGAUACUCCCGGUAUUUUAGAUCAUCCAUUAGAAGAUAUGAAUACCAUAGAAAUGCAAAGUAUUACUGCAUUAGCUCAUCUUAGAGCAUGUAUUUUAUAUUUUAUGGACUUAAGUGAACACUGUGGAUAUCCUAUUGAAUCUCAAGUAAAACUAUUUCAUAGUCUAAAACCGCUUUUUUCUAACAAAACUACCGUUCUUGUUAUUAAUAAAAUAGACAUUAUGCAUCCUGAUCAUCUUGAUGAGAAAAACAAAGCAUUAAUCCAAACAAUUUUGGAUGACAAAAAUGUACAAAUGGUUCAGACUAGUUGUGUAACAGAAGAUGGUGUAAUGAAUGUAAGAAAUAUGUGUUGUGAUAAACUACUUGAAUCUAGGAUAGAAGUAAAACUUAAGGAUAAAAAAAGUGAUAACAUUUUGAAUAGAAUUCAUCUUGCAAAACCUGUAGUGAGAGAUGCUAUUGAAAGAUUACCACUUAUACCAGAGGCUGCAAAAAAUAAAAAACCAUACGAUUGGAAUAAUCCUGAUAGAAGAAAAUUGGAAAAAGAUUUAGAAAUGGAACAAGGUGGUCCUGGUGUAUAUAAUAUUAAUCUUAAAAAAAAUUACAUACUUGAAAAUCCUGAAUGGAAGUCUGAUAUCAUGCCUGAAUUUCUUAAUGGGAAAAAUGUAUAUGAUUUUGUUGAUCCUGAUAUUGAAGCCAAACUUGCUGAAUUAGAAGCCGAAGAAGAAAAGCUUGAACAAGAAGGUUUUUACAAUUCCGAUAGUGAAGUUGAUGAUGAGGAAGAUAUUAAAAUAUUAGAAAAAGCUAAAUUUCUUAAAGAAAGAAAUGAUUCUAUAAGACGGAAAGCUAAUUCUAAAAAAGCAUUAAGAAAUAGAGCUAUCCUUCCCCGUACUAUGGGUUUAAAAACUAUUUCUGAAAUGAAUGAACAUUUAACAUCAAUUGGAUUAAAUACAUCUUCUAUAUGUGAACGUUUAAAAUCACAAUCAAAAACUACUUCAGACUCUAAACAGCUGGGUGAAGAUGCUAAUAUGAAAGAUGUUAAAAAAUCAUAUUCUCGAGCCCCGGUUAAGAACCGUAAUUCUGGUAUUACAGACCCUGUAGCAAGAUCAAGAGCAGAAAAACUGGCAAAGCUUUAUCAACGUAAACUAAAAAGUCUUUCUAUGGUAUCAGAGAGCGACAGACGAAUUAUUAAUAGGAAACCAAGGCAUCUUUAUUCAGGAAAACGUAAAUCAGGAAAAACAGAUAGACGUUAA